CCCUACCAGGAGCACCAGGCUCCAGACAACACAGCCCUCAGGUUCAUAUGGAUCACACAAACCUCUCAACCACGAUAAGUGACUGAACAGAAGAACGAUGAUACGGUCACUUUGAUCUGCUCUGUGUCAGCACCUUAUAUGUGUGUCCACACAGUGGAGUGGCUGUAUGAGGGUGAUAAGACUGACGUGGAGACAACACAGUUUGACUGUUCUGCCACUGUGACAUUUACAACAUCUCAUCUUCAUCAGAAGUCAAAGUAUUACCGGUUAUUGAAAUGUGAAGUGACAAACGUUUUUUGUUGGAGAAAGGCAGCUGUUCACCUUCAUCCCUCCUCCGUCCUCCGGUGAUGAUGCAACAACUACAAUAUCUCCGACUACAAAUAAAUCACCAAUGACAACAGGAAAUAAAUGGACAUCAGAAGAGACAAACAACACGACAUCUGAAAUCAACAAUCACACAAAACCAGAAGCUAACAGAGGAGAUGAAGUCAUUAUUAGGAAGCGACUCCAUCAUUACCACAGGAAGUAGAUGCUAUAUUCAUUUUUAAGACGCAGCGCAUCAGACAGUUUGACAUUUGAGAGAGUGAGACCGAGAGAGAAGCACGAUGGAUCAGAUCAGAUGGAUUAUAAUGUCUUCAUUUCUGAUGCUGCUGGUUCAAUUUACAGUAGUAGCUUGGAAGUAUUCCUCCUCCACUGUCAGAGUUGGAGAUGAAGUCACUUUGUCUUGUUUGAAGGUAACAAAUGAUCAGGAUCAGUGUAACAGUACUGCCUGGUUCUUCAUUGGAUCAGGAAACAGAGUAACGCUGUUUGAACACGGGCAGAUUCAUAAAGAAGCCAAAACUAAAUCAGACAGACUGAGUGUUACAGAAAACUGUUCUCUGGUUAUAAAGAAGGUCACAUAUGAGGAUGCUGCUCGUUACAUCUGCAGACAGUUCAGAUCAGGACAACUACAUGGUGAAGGCACGGUGGUUUAUCUGUCUGUUGUUACCAUGACUGAACAGAAGAACGAUGAUACGGUCACUUUGUUCUGCUCCGUGUUGACAUAUGGUGGGUGUGUCCACACAGUGAAGUGGCUGUAUGAGGGUGAUAAGACUGACGUGAAGACAACACAGCUAGACUGUUCAGGCACUGUGACAUUUACAACAUCUCACCUUCAUCAGAAGUCAGAGUAUUACGAGUUAUUGAAAUGUGAAGUAACACAUCACCAAGAUGUGCAGCUGUUCACGUUCAUCCCUUCUCAGUCCUCCAGUGAGAAACCAGGCUGGUGGAGGAUCAUCGUCGUGUCUCUGGGUUUAGCAUCACUCAUAACAAGUGUUGUGGUGGUCAACAUAUGGGCAAGAGCUAAAGUAGCAGUAUAAUGAAGAUGAAGAUACAGUGACCUAUGAAAACGAGGCAGAGCCUUCUACCAUCACAUCAACUCACCACAGAGUCCUCUGCUGUUAAACAUCAUCUCAUCAUAUAUUACAUGAGUAGAUACCAAAAUGAUAUGUUGAUGGAUGACUGAAUGUGUUUUCUGUGCCGAGCUGUUUCUAUUUUAGUCUGAGCUGGACAAAGCUACUAAAGUCUUGAUCUGAUCUGACUGUUACUGCUGUAACUGUUUAUUUUAAAUAUUGUAUAAUACUAUAUGUGCAUUACUCUGCAAGUUGCUGCUUUUUGUACUUAAACUGCAUGUCGUUGUGUCAGUACUUCUACAAUAUCAAUAAAGCUGAGUCUAAUCUUGAAUCUAAACU